AUGAAGGAGGUGGGGCUGAGAUCUGUGGAUGGCCAGACCGAAGGACCGUGCUUGGGGCACCGCCGCCGUGGGCACAGCGACUGUGCCAAGGUGAUCAUCAGCGCCACGCGUGAACGCUACGUGGAGAUGAUUUCUCGCUACUCAUGCUGGACUACGGUGCGGCGGCUGUGCAUCGUCAUGUGCUGCGACUUCUUCCCGCUCCUGGUCGGCGUGGAGAUGCCCAUCCGAUCGCUCUCGCAGUGGCUGCUGCGCGGCGGCCACAAUGUCAUCCUGCUCACGUAUGCCGUUCCCGGACCCAAGGUCAGAGUGGGCCCGACGGCGCCGCCAACACCCCACUCAGCGCGCGGUCGUGCGUUACAUGACAAGCUGUACUACCUGCCGGUGAUGCACUUGCUGGACAUCGUGACGUACAUGACGUUCGUGGGCCACUUGGCGCUGUUCCGGGCCAUCCGCGUCCGCGAGCAGACCAAAGCGCUGGACCUGGGCGUCAAGACCGUGUACACGGAUCACUCGCUCUUCGGCUUCGUGGACGCUGCCAGCGUCCUUCUUAACAAGAUCAUAAAUUUCCUCGUGUUCUCGAACCUCGUGCUGCGUGCGUCAUUGCGCGAGGGGCUCGAGAGUGGGUUUACACGGCUGCUGCUCGAGGAGAUGCUGGAGAAGCACCGACGGCCCUACUGCGUGACGCUCUACGGCGCCGUGCCCAGCUUCAAAGUGCGCGACGUACUGUGUCAAGACCACAUCUUCCUCAACCGACAGCUCGCUGGCCAAGAGAGCCUCUACUUCACGAUUCUGGAAGCUGCGAAAUACGAGCUUUCCGUGUUCACAGCGGACAUCACGCCUGAGGCGCUCGCGGAGGCGACGCUAGCCGCGGAGCUUCGACUGGCGGGCGUGGAUCGACAGGACUUCCAACGCGCUUGA